AUGUACGCCAGGGAUUGCAUGAAAAAAGUUACAAAAAUCGACGGCACACCAAAAAUACUCAAGGAACGAGCCGGAGCGGCCUGGGUUGAUGGCCUGAGCCUGCUAGGUCCGGUGGUUGGAAAUUUCUGCAUGGAUCUCGCUAUCAAAAAGGCCAAGGAUGUUGGUAUUGCUUGCGUAAGCGCUAAAGGUUCAAAUCAUUACGGCAUUGCUGGGUGGUAUGUCAUGAGAGCUAUGAGAGAAGGCCUCAUUGGAAUUGCAUGUACCAACACAUCUCCUAUAAUGUAUCCGACAAGGGCAGCAAAAGCAGCUCUUGGCACAAAUCCAAUAGCUAUUGGCGCCGAAGGCACUGGAGGUGACUCGUUGAACUUGCCAAAAGAAAAGGGCGACAAAGUUCCUGAAACGUGGGGUGUUGCCAAAGGAGGUACAAUGUCAACCGAUGCCGAAGAGAUUAUCACUGGUGGUGGCCUUCUGCCAAUUGGAGGCGGCGAAAUCAGCGGUGAGGCUGUCACUCUACGGGUGUUCGUAAGGUGUGAUUGUUGGAGACUCCUUGGGGUG